UAAUCAGACAGCAACUUCCUGUGUAAACGUGGGCCGUGAAGAUUUCUUGAAAGUUUGCAAUUUUCGCCGAUUGAGCUAAAGUACUGACAAAAUACCCGUUAAAAUGGCUAAAAACAGUUUACGAGAUCGAGUAGAAGGAACUGAGAUUGAUCUAAGUUUAAGUAAUUUAUCAGUAGUUCCAGUGAAAGAUGUGGCAGCACUGAAGAAAUGUAACCAAUUAGAUUUAUCUAAUAACCAGUUGAAAGCCUUAGAUGAUAUAUUUUCUACAUCUUUAACUCAUCUGGUAAAAAUAGAUCUAAGUAAGAACCAUCUGGCGUCACUUCCAUCAAAUUUUGGCAGCCUUAAAAAUCUACAACAUUUAGAUCUGUUAGGUAACCAAUUGACGACACUACCCGUCAGUUUCUAUCAACUGUUGAAGCUGAAAUGGUUGGAUGUCAAAGACAAUCCGUUAGAAGAACCGUUGAAAUCUAUAGCUGGAAAUUGUCUGAAUGAUGCAGAGUGUAAAAAAUGUGCUAUAAAGACAGUACGAUUUUUAACGGGUGUCAACGCUCAGUUGUUAAAAAAACAAGAAGAUGAAGAAGAGAGAGUGAGAGGAUUAGAAAAGAUCAGACAAGAGGAAGAAGCAAAAGAAAGAAGAAGGAGAAAAGCUGAGAAACAGGCUCAAGCUGAUGAGAUUAAAAGACAAAAGGCAGCAUUAAAAGCUGAACAGAAACAACAGAAUAAUCAUCAUGAUUCUCCAGAAAGAGUAAAAGAGAAACCAGCAACAAAUGGUGUCAAAGAGCAUGUAGAAAUAAAAUCCAGUAAUAGUACAGAUGGUGCUUUAUGCAAUUGUUUUGGAAUGUUAUUUGCUCUUCUUCUCGUCAUGGCAGCUGUUGCCGUUGGUUUCUAUUUUUAUUGUGGUUCCCAUGGCAACGAUAAAACAUGCACGGUGUAUUAUAAACCAGUGGAGAAAAAUGCUGUAGCUACAUUCAACAUAUUACAGAAAAAACUUGUGGAAUUAUACCACCAAGCUUUGACAAUGAUGAAGUAAAUAACAAUUAAUGUGACUUAAAAUAGAUUCCAGAUCAGUUAUUUUCAUAGAUUAUGGCCAAUGUUAUGGAAAACGUGAAAAAAGGAAGAUAUGCUGUUCAUAUAAAAAAAUCACACUAGAUUAUAAGAUUUUUUAAAUUCGUCUUUGCUUUUAUGCAAUUUACAAAUGAUAGUAUCAUCAAUUUUUAUACGCCCACAUUUUCAUGUGGACGUAUAUUGUCAACGCUCCUGUCCGUCCGUCCGUCUGGCCGUCCAUCCGUCCACAAUUUGUUUGUGGACACUCUACAGGUCACAAUUCUUAUCUGAUUUUGACGAAACUUGAAAUAUAGGUUUAUCGCCCAAAGAUCUCGGCUGCUUUCGAUAUUGGCAUGUAUCGGAUUGAAACUUCAUGGAUUAUGGCCCCUGUUUGUACGAAAAAUCACGUUUUUAACUUGUGGACCCUAUAGAGGUCGCAAUUUUUAUCCGAUGUUGUUGAAACUUGAAAUGUAAGUUUAUAACCCAAAGAUCUCGGUUCCUUUCGAUAUUCGCGCAUAUCGGACCGUAACUUCCUGAAUUAUGGCCCCUGAUUGUAAGAAAAAUCACGUUUUUAGCUUGUGGACCCUAUAGAGGUCGUAAUUUUUAUCCGAUUUAAAAAACCUUAUUAUUAUAUCACCGUUACACCCUAAGGAUGGCUGAGUUCGAAUUUCGUGAAAAUCGGCCCAAAACUGACAGACAAAAUGGCCACCCCUCGUACUGAAGUAGUGUAAAAAUAUGGUAUGUCAAGGUUGUGGACCCUAUAGAGGUCACAAUUUUUAUCCGAUUUUCUUGAAACUUGAAAUGUAAGUUUAUAACCCAAAGAUCUCGGUUCCUUUCGAUAUUCGCAAAUAUCGGACCGUAACUUCCUGAAUUAUGGCCCCUGAUUGUACGAAAAAUCGCAUUUUUAGCUUGUGGACCCUAUAGAGGUCAUAAUGUUUAUUCGAUUUAAAAAAACGUAUUAUUAUAUCACCGUUACACCCUAAGGAUGGCUGAGUUCGAAUUUCGGCCCAAAAUUGACAGACAAAAUGGCUGCAGUUCGUUCUGAAAUAGCCUAAAAAAUAUGGUAUAUCAAGGUUGUGGACCCUAUAGAGGUCACAAUUUUUAUCGGAUUUUGUUGAAACUUGAAAUGUAAGUUUAUAACACAAAGAUCUUGGAUCCUUUUGAUAUUUGCGCAUAUUGAAUUGUAAUUUCCUGAAUUAUGGCCCUUGAUUGUAGGAAAAAUCACUUUCUUUUUAGCUUGUUCUCUAUCCAUCUCUCGAAAAUGUGGGCGUAUCCUGCCUGGCAGCCGCUGGUUUAGAAUAGUUUGACAGUAUAUUUAAUUACGAAACAAUUCAUAUUUUAUUUAUCCUAAAUUUUAUGUAGUUUUUUGUUUUGUUCAAGUAAUGAUAUAGUGAAUAUUGUCAGAUUUUUGAAGCUAACUCACUAUAAGAAGUAAUUAAGGAAUCCAUGGAUCUAGUAGAUAAAUACUAUUACAUCAAAAUUAACUCCGAGAUUUCUUAGUCCAAGGUUUUCAAUGCUAGUAAGACACUGGCUCAAGUGAGAGCUCAGGGUGGAUAAUAAAUAAACUAUUAUCCAUCACAGUUGUUUCCUUAAAAAAACUGUAUAAAUUAAACAUUUUCAUAAUCAUAUCAUCAUUGUUAAUAAUCAUAAACCUUUCAAAUUAUGGUAGGCAGAUAUAAAUCACUAAAAUAGCUUCAGAUACGUACAGUUGUAUGGUUGAAAUAUCUGCAAAAGAUUCUUUAUUUUUUAUACUUGAAAGGAUAUAUAAUGCAAUUGUGUGUGCUUGAAUUUGUUUUAUCUUGUCCUUAUGCAAAACUUAAAGCGAUAAUUUCAUAUUUUCUAAGAAAGUCAAAACAUGAUUAUUUCUUUAUCUAUUGCUUAAAAUGUUCUCAGAUCCCUAUUAUACAAUAUAAGGAAUCAUUCUAGCACUUUAAUAACAUUCGCAUAAAAAUUUGAAAUAUUUUUCACUGGGAAACUAUGUCUACAUAAUGGAAGGGGUGAUUUCCAGGUCAACGCCUGUGUAUAGAUUCCAUGUAUUUUAAGGCUUUAUUUUAAACGAUUUAAACAUAUGACUUCAAAAAAUGCAAUUGUUGCUUUAAUGUUUUUAUUUUUAACCCUUUCGUAGGUUUUCGGUUUUCUAUAAAAAUAAGAGAAAGGUGAUCUUUGUAGGUCAUAUUUGAAACCAUCCGAAACUAUGGCUGCCAAGACUGCUCACGUCACAGAACUAGUAUACAGUUGCUAAAUCUAUAGUCAACAGCUUUUCAUGGGACUCAGGCAGUUUGAGUCGCUAGAGAGAGUCAGCAGUGGUUCAGGGGCGAAAGGGUUAAGUUAAGUUAAGGUCAAUAUGUAAGUAAAUAAAACAAGAAAAAGGUUAUGGUGUUAUUAGGUGUUCCGGUGAUGUUCAUCAUUCAUUUUUUAAUCAUAAUCUUUAACUACAAGGAAAAGAAACUUGUCCAAAAAUAUUUGAACCAGAACUGUUUGCAGGGGGGGGUCAAUCAUCGUUUUCGGCCCAUAUCUGGACCUGAAUAUAACCUACAAUUUUAUUAGCUACAUCACCCCAACCAAACAAAUAGGUGAAAUUUACACGUUUCAUAGGAACAGAAAUAUAAGUGAUUCAGGGGAGAGGCAAGGACACACCACCCUGUGUAGUUAUCGAUCUAUCAUGCUUACCAAGUUAUUGUUAUUGUAUGAUAAUUAAAUGUACAUAUGUAUUGUAAAUAUAAUGAUUGCUAUUCCCUUCAGCUAAUAUAUAAUGUGUGAUAUAUAAAAAUUAGAAAUUGAUAUUAUAAAUAAUAGAAUGUAGUAUUGUUGAAGGCCUUUAUCUAUUGAAGUUUAUACUAGUAGGAUGAAUAAAUCAGUCAUUCACAAUAGUCUGGACUUAAAAUUUGACUCAAACAUUUCUUAACCGGCCACCUGCUUAAUGAUCAUAAGGUCAAUAAUUGAGUCAGGUGGUGUGGUUUCGAUUCCCUGCUUGUACGCGACCAAAGUAGGGUCGUCUGUCCAGCCUUGUGGCUUUUCUCUUGGUCCUCGGUUUCUUAAGUGUAAGCGAAUUUCUGAAAUAAAAUUGAACCAUAUGUUGCUCCCGAAAUAACCUAGUCGAGUGGAUGUUAAACCCAAUUUCUCUCUCUCUUACUUAAUGACUGGUGGUACAACAUUGUUAACACAGUUAUAUUCUUUUACCUCAAAGAAAAAAGAAAAUAAGUGAUUUUCCUGAUAUUCUGUUUUAUUUUUUUUAAUUGUAUAAAAAUACAAAUGUUAGUUUAAAAUUGCCACAAAAUGUUAAAACUGUUGAAUUGUAUUAUUUAAUACCAUAUAUAUAUAAAUAUAUAAGUUGUAAAAUUAUCAUUGAAUUGAGGAUGAAAAAAAUAAAUCAUCAUGAACUGUUUAAA